GGUGACCCUGGACACAAGUCACUUAAUGUCUCUGUGCCUCAGUUUUCUCACCUGUAAAAUGUGGGAAUUGGACUCUUAUGGCCUCUAAAGUCUCUUCCAUUUCUAAAUAUAUGAUCUGGAACCAUAUUGGCCAUUGAAGCUGGUCAUUUGUCGUCCCCCCCCCCCUUUCAUUUAUUUUAUUAAUACUCUUGUUCAUAUCAUUGUAACACCUUAAUGGUACCUGAUCCACUAAAGCCCUCCCUCGUAACAAAUUAUUACAGUUAAGUAAAAUCAACACAUUGGCCAUGUCUUAUAAUGAUUGGUCACUAGAUUUUGACACUACUAAGAUCAGUGAUAUGAAGUGUUUCUUUUUUUUAAAGACUGUUUCCCUGUCUUGCUCAGAUUAUAAAUUCAUGGGUCCAGUCCCAUUCUAGUCAGCAUAGGAACUUGGACCUCCUCCAUUUCUAAUCUAAGCCAGUUUGAACCUUCCUAGGCAACUUGAGACCAUCCUCCAACCUCCACCCCCCCACUCCCACCCUCACUCUUGGGCUCACCAUGUUAACAUAGUACUUGGUGUAAACAAACUGCAGCUCAGGACUACCAGCUUUAGGAGAUCUGCCGGCCUCAGUGUCCCUAAUAGGAAGUACAAUACCGGCACGCCCAGCUUGUCAUGGGUUUGUCAUUUUCCUUUAGGUUACUUAUAGUCAUUUUUGGCCCUGUGACAUCAUAAAAUGUUGGAGAGAGAAAAAAAAGCCCCUUAGGAAUAAUCUAGUUCAACUUCAAUAUAGAGAGAGCUUGUUUUCCAUUCCCACUGUCUCCUUCAGAAUUCAGAUAAGCUUUAGGAAGCAGGCUAGGCUUGCCUGUCAGUGAUGCUGGAGGAUGUUUCCAAAGUCAUAGCAUGGCUGAGCUGGAAGUAUUUCUCCAGGGAAGCAGCAAAAAGUAUAGGUUGUCUUAACAAAAACUGUAGACAUGGGGCAGCUAGGUGGCGCAGUGGAUAAAGCACCGGCCCUGGAGUCAGGAGUACUUGGGUUCGGAUCCGGCCUCAGACACUUAACACUUACUUGCUGUGUGACCCUGGGCAAGUCACUUGACCCCAAUUGCCUCAUUAAAAAAAAAAACAAACUGUAGACACCUUGAGGGCAGGUCUUUUCAAACCUAUUUUGUAUUUCUCAGGGCCCUUAAUGCUAUGCACACUGUAUACAUUUAAUGAAUACUCUUCAGAUAGUAUUGAAUACCCUUUAAAGGAGAGUAACCCUACUUUUAUUAGCCUUACAACCAUAGAAGGGCAAUAGGUUUUAGGUAAGAAUAGUUAGGGAUGAGGCAGCUAGGUGGCGCAGUGGAUAAAGUGCAGGCCCUGGAUUCAGGAGGACCUGAGUUCAAAUACUACUCAGACACUUGACACUAGCUGUGAGACCCUGGGCAAGUCACUUAAACCUCAUUGCCCAGCAAAAAAAAAAAAAAAAAGAUUAGGGAAGUCCAUCUCCUUGUCUGCCCUCCAGUCUUAAAAACUUCCUUGAAAUAUGCUGCUUCCUAUGGUCAUCUCAGUAGUGUGGGCUUCCCAAUCUCUGGCUGUCAUUCUCAGAUCCUCUGCCAGUUAUGGGAACCCACUGGUUUAGAACUGCCCCCCCCUUUCUUCUCUGGUGUUCCAGGAAAUGGCACCCACCCCAGAAUGGCCUUUGUUCUUAAGCUACCAAGACUUUGUAUUUUGGAACCAUUCCCCUUUGUCUCUCAGAUUGUCACUGACCCAAACAGACCCCCCCCUCCCAUGAUGAAACACCCUGCUAAGCUUUCAGAAUCUCCAUGGAAUCUUUGUGGUGCUCCUUGUUUAGGAACCUAUUUUAAAUGCUGAUAUCAAAGAGCUGCUUUUCUAUUCACUUCAAAUAAUGAGUUAAUGUCACUUUCUACCACCAGCCCAGAUUGGAUAUCUUUGCUGGCCCGAUCCUAUCCCGUGCUAUACACCUGCUGUAUCAUUCUGUUCAGGAACAAAUUGGCCACACAAUUUGUCACCAUUGCCCCAACCCUUAACGGACCAUGCUCUUUCUUUUCCCCAAUCUGAACUUGGGGUUCUUAGGGCUGGCUAAGUUAGGAUAAACUGCAAAUACUUGAAAUCCUUUGGGUAUCAGCCCACGUUUUCCGCCUUACCUGGUGUGUGUGCCUUCUAAAACAAAUUGGGUUUUGAUCCCUUGGGUUGUGUAAAAGGGAGGGGUCCAUGAGAAAGGGCGGGACAUCAGACUAUAUUUGGGAAAACUGGGAUGGUUCUAUGGCCGGCUCUAGGUUCUACGGUUAUCCAGCCUAGCUCAUUCGUGGGCUCGUGAGUGUGGGUUCUCACCUGGACUAGAAAACUCAUCUGUUAUCCAGUCGGCCUGAUGUCUUUGUGUCCCCUGAGCUACUAAAUCUGAUAGCGUCAGGUUCCACCUUCUGAAUUGGGCUGAGCCAGUCCCGGGGCGUGGCUGCACUAGGAGAUGGCCAGACUUUGCAGGUUCCCAGGCCAGAGAGAGCUUUUUGGCUGCACACUUCCAUCUCUCUGAAGGGGAGCAAAGAACUUCCCACAACUCCGGCUGGACACCCUUUCCCCAAGUGGAGGUGGUGCUGCCCGGGUUUUAGACAAGCUUCCGAGCCCGCUCCUCACCUCCUCCCCCGCGGCUUCCCGCCUCCCUCCUGCCUUUGCUGUGUUUGGGGUGUUGCACUGGGGGGCGGGGAGGGCUCGGAGCCCCCCAGGCCCGCCUCCCCCUCCUCUCCGCACGCAGCGUGCGCUUCCCCAAUGUUGAUAUAAGGAGCAGUCGAGCUCCUCCGAGACUCAGAGCUUCUGGUGGCCGAAGGAGGGGUUGCUACAGCUUGUCCGUCGUGAGUCCGUCCGUCUCAUCUGCGCUCCCCAAUGCCUUCCUCCGGGAAGCUGGUGGCGGCCAUCCUGGCACUCGGCCUCCUGCUGGUGCCACCCGGCCACGCCUGGUACAAGCAGUCAGCCGGCCCCAGCUACUACUCCGUGGGCCGGGCGUCGGGGCUGCUGUCCGGCAUCCGCCGCUCUCCGUAUGCCCGGCGCUCUGACCCGGUGCUGGACGCCCCUGCAAGCAGCACCUUUGCCGAGCCUCGGACCAGCCUUCGGAACCUCGCGGUGUGUGUGAAGGACAUCGCUCCGAAUCUGCAGAGCUGCGAGCUGCUCCCAGACGGACUCGGGACUUUCCAGUGCAAGGCAGAUGUUUUCCUGUCUCUGGACUCGGCCGACUGUCUCAGCACCUGACGAAGGAAUCCUGUCCCCAGCAUCCCUGGGACGGAAAUGAAGAGCUGAGGCCUCGGCGUCUCAACCCACCUCCUCCCCCUCCU